AUGACUUCCUCCUCGUUGUCACCACCAAAGAAAUCAUCCAUCAAGAGACAAGUUUUUCAUGGGACAUUUGUCCACUGUAAAAAUCUUACGGAUUUGGAGAUUUUACAUGACACGUAUGUGUUUGUGGAUGAACAUGGAGUUAUUGUUAAGAUUCUGAGUGGUGAUGGUACUGGAGAUGCAAGGGAUUUAAGAGAGGAUGUAUGGGAAUUGGGUUGGGAUACGGAUGUUGAUGAUGAGAGGGAGAUUUUUGAAUAUGUGGACUCUUCGAAAGAUAAACAUGGAGCACAUGGAGAGGAACGCUUUUUCUUUCCGGGGUUUAUUGAUACACAUAUCCACGCACCCCAAUAUCCCAAUUCGGGUCUCUUCGGCUCCUCUACUCUUUUGAACUGGCUAAAUACAUACACCUUUCCCCUCGAAGCCUCUCUCUCUGCUCUCCCCAAAGCCCGCGCUAUCUACUCCCGUGUAAUCCAACGUACGCUCUCUCACGGAACUACCACUGCUGCCUAUUACGCUACCAUUCACGUCGAAUCCACCAACCUCCUCGCCGAUCUCUGUUUGCAAAAAGGCCAGAGAGCACUCGUCGGGCGCUGUUGUAUGGAUAGCGAUUCGGGCGCCAAUCCAAAAUACUACCGCGACGAUAACCCCACUCAGAGUUUAGAGCGAACGAAGGAAUGUAUCUCUCAUUGCGAAAAUAUCGAUCCGGAUAGAAAACUCAUCACGCCUAUUUUGACACCGCGCUUCGCACCGAGUUGUACCCCGCAAUUGAUGCGUUCUUUGGGGGAAAUUGCACGGGAAAAGGAUCUUCCGAUCCAAACGCAUAUUUCGGAGAAUCGCUCCGAGAUCCAAUGGGUGAAGGAAUUGUUCCCAGAGUGUGAUAGUUAUACGCAUGUUUAUGAUAAGUAUUCGUGUUUAACACCGAAAACAAUCUUAGCCCAUGCGGUGCACAUCGGAGAGGAUGAAGCGGCGUUGAUUAGAGAGAGAGGAAGCGGUAUUGCGCAUUGUCCUGUGAGUAAUAGUGCGUUGACUAGUGGGAUGGCGAGGGUAAGAUGGAUGAUAGAUAGAGGAUUGAAUGUGGGACUGGGAACGGAUGUUAGUGGAGGCUUUAGCGCGAGUGUUUUGGCGGCGGCAAGAGAAGCAAGUUGUGUGAGUCGGUGUGCUGCUGCUGGGAUUGGCGCAUCGGAGAAUACAAAUGGGAAAGAGAGAGAUACGUUGAGUGUGCCUGAAGUGCUUUAUUUGGCUACGAGAGGAGGGGCAAAGGUUGUGGGGAUGGAGGAUAGGAUUGGUGGGUUUGAAGUUGGGAAGGUGUGGGAUGCGCAAUUGAUUGGUUUGGGAACACCUCUUAUGCAUCGAAAGGAGGGCGAGUGGGAAGGACAAGAGGAAACGCAUGAAGUAGAAGUCUCUCCCACAGGACCGGUUGAUAUUUUCGGCUGGGAGAAUUGGGAUGAGAAAGUCGCAAAGUGGGUUUUCAAUGGGGAUGAUCGGAAUACGAUGAAAGUUUGGGUGAAUGGGAGGUUAGUUCAUCAGAGGAGGAAUUGA